UGUCAGUUGUCACUUUGAGAAUUUCUGAUAAAAAUACCUAUUUUUCCCUCACACGAGUUUUCUUCUUUUGAAAAUCAAUAGGGAUUCUCUUAUUUUCUAAAAUAACCUUUACGAAAAUUUAAAUAAAUUCAAGACAGAAAACACAAACAAACUUUAGCAAAUAUGUUUCGUAUGCCACCUCAAGUUGACCCUGCUGAAGAACAAAAACGCGUCCGUGAUAACGUUCGCACUAAUUUUCUAAUAUUUGGUGUUCUCUGCGCUGCUAUUCGAGUUGCUCCAUUUUUACUGGACAAAGUUCGUACCGCAUAGCACGACAUAUUCACCAUUCCGUUUAUGAGUGGCUUUAAAUUUUUAGUUUCUAAUAUUCGAAAAUAAAAUACAUGUUAGGCUAUUUAAUUGCUA